AUGAAGGUGCUGCAUCUUCUGUCGCUACUAUCGACGCUUGCUGCUGCCGUCGACUAUGAUGCGCAGGCCGAAGCCAUCGUGGCCAAGAUGACGACAGACGAGUGGAUCGGUCAAAUGACGCAGCUCGACCUCUCGUACAUUGUGGAUGUCAACGGCCAGCUCAUCGAGUCCAAGGUGCGCGAAUGCGCCAAGCUCCGCGUCGGGUCCUUUCUUAACGGCCAAAUGAACGUCACGGCGUGGCGCAGCUUGCUUGGCCGCAUCCAAGACAUCUACAAGGAAGAAGGCGCGCCGCCGAUGCUCUUUGGCCUCGACUCGAUCCACGGCGCGAGCUACACCUUUGGCGCUGCGCUCUCGCCGCAGCAAACCAACAAAGGCUCGUCGUUCAACCGCGACCUCGUGCGCAAGUCAGCCUAUGUCACCGCGCGCGACUCGGCGGCGAGCGGCGUCAACUGGAUCUUCGCGCCCAACGGCGACGUUGUCGUCCACAAGCGCUGGUCGCGCAUCUUUGAGAGCUACGGCGAGGACCCGUACUUGGUCUCGGAGAUGAUUGCCGAGGCCGUCACGGGUAUCCAGUCGGUGCCCGGUGUCGCGGCCAACUUUAAGCACUUCACCGCCUACGGCGCUACGUCGACGGGCGACGAUCGCGGUGGCGCCUUCCCGACUGAGUACGAGCUGCUCAACUACUACUCACCGCCGUUCAUUUCAGCUGUCAACGCCGGCGCGCUCAGCGGCAUGUCGAGCUACGUCGUCGUCAAUAACGUGCCGAUGGUGAGCAACCAAAAGCUCACGGUGGACCUGCUCCGGAGUGACAUGAAGUUUGACGGACUCCUCGUCACCGAUUGGCAAGACAUUUACAACUUGCUGCACCACAACGUCGGUGUCUCGACCCGCCAAGAUGCCAUCGCCAUGAGUCUCAACCAGGCCUCGAUUGACAUGAGCAUGGUGCCGGACGAUCCGGACUUUAUUUACCUCUCCAAGAACCUCGUUGCAGCGGGCAAGGUGCCUGCAUCGCGCUACCGUGCCGGAGCCAAGCGUGUCAUCAAGAUGAAGCUGCAGCUCGACAUGUUCAAGACGCCGCUCCCGGGUGCCGACCUUGUCUCGCAAGUCGGUAGCGACGCCGACCGCGCCGAGGCGCUUGAGCUGGCACGCGAGUCGAUUGUGCUUCUCAAGAACAAGGACAGCGUGCUGCCACUGUCGGGGCGCCCGCGUCUCUUCUUGACGGGUCCGUCCAUCGACAACAUUGGCUACCUCUGUGGCGCUUGGACGUGGGCGUGGCAAGGCGUCUCCGGCAACGACCGCUUUCCGAAGGGCAAGUCGAUCCUCAAGGGUUUCCAGGACCUCUAUGGCGCCGACGCAAACAAGAUUCAAAUGCUCCAGGGCGUCGACAUCACUGGCGCUGCCACCGACUCGCUUGCCGAGGCCAAGGCCAAGGCCAAGAAUGCAGAGUACACCAUCAUCGCGGUCGGCGAGGCGCCGUCGACAGAAAUGAGCGGCAACAUUGCCGAUGCGGCGCUGCCGGCCGGCCAGCUCCAAUACAUUCGCGAGAUUGCCUCCACCGGCACGAAAGUCAUCCUCGUGCUUGUCGAGGCGCGUCCGCGCAUCCUAAAGGGCGUCGCCGACGUCGUCCACGCCGUCAUUGACGCCAUGUUGCCGUGUGAGGCUGGUGGCCAGGCCAUCGCCGAGAUCGUCCUUGGCUUCACCAACCCCAGCGGCCGCCUCAGCAUGACGUACCCCAAGGACACGACGUACGCCAACAUGGUCACGCCGUAUUUCAACCGCAAGAACGGCGUGUGCGUCGCCGACUCGUGCGUCGCCGAGUGGGACUUUGGUGCGGGUCUGAGCUACACGACGUUCAGCUACACCAACUUUGCGCUCAGCAGCAACCAGGUCAGCAUCAGCGGCGCCAUCACGGCCUCGGUCACGGUGACCAACACGGGCGCGGUGCAGGGCAAGGAAGCGGUCCUCCUCUUCGUCUCCCAGCAGACGCGCGCGAGCGGCACACCGGAAAUCAAGAUGCUCAAGAAGUUUACCAAGGUCGACCUCGCGCCGGGCCAGUCGACGCAAGUGACGUUUUCGCUCAGCGUCGCCGAUUGGGGCAUCUAUGCCGGGCCGAUCGGGUCCGGAUUGACCAAGACGGCCGAGGCGGGUACGUACUUCGUCGCGUUCAAGCCCGAGACGGUCUGCAAUGCGGCGAACGUCGGUUCGCUCUGCCAAGCGUUCACCUACGACACUCUGUCGACGCCGACACCGAAGCCCUCGGCGGACACGGUUUUGUCGCUCUACACCAAGACCGGCAAGAUUAUCGGCACCGAUCAGUGGAACGUCUGGGUUCAGACGCCUGGCGCGUCGCCGAGUCGGAGCCAACAGCUUGUCUACGACAGCGUGACCAAGCAGCUCCGCGACAAGAGCCUCGGCAGGUGCUUUGACGUGUACCCGGACGCGUCAGCACCAAUCAAGUACCGUCUUCACAUGUACGCGUGCGAUGCGUCCAACGGCAACCAAAAGUGGACGCUUAACGCGGCGACGCACCAGGUCAUUCACGCGACGCACCCCAACAUCUGCCUCGACGUCGACCCGAGUGACACGACGGGGGCUGUUCAAGUCUGGACCUGCGUCUCGGGCAACCCGAACCAGUUCUUCAGCCGCGGGAUUCCGGAGCGCGUGCGCCUCUCGUCCGUGCUCAACAACCGCGUCUUCACGGUUGCGUCCACGGCCGCUCGCGCCGCCGUGACGUUUUCGGCGCCACCGACGAGCUUGCCCAACUGGAGCUUUGAUUUUGCCUCGGGCUUGGUGCGCGUCGAUGGCUCGACCCAGUGCUUGGACGCGUACCAAGCGCAGAACGGCGGGGCGGUGCACCUCUGGACGUGCGACGCCAGUAACGGCAACCAGAAGUGGAUCUACGAGCCGACGACGGGCCAGCUGCGCCACGGGACGUUCCAGAGCUUCUGCCUCGACAUGCAGAGCGACGUGGGCGCGACACCGUACCUCUGGACGUGCCACAACCCGAACAACUACUGGUUCAAGUUCCAGACCUUCAAGUAUGAACCCUUGUAG